AAAAUGGACACUCAUAGAUCUUGGAGAAUUAAGAGGAUGGGUAUGGAGGAAGGGUGAGAGAUUGGUGGGACUGUGGAUGGGCAGGAGAGUGGGAAGAUUGAUGACUUCUCUGAUGAGAAUAUGAUGAGGGAGGAAUUUGUGUUUAUGUCAGGGAAAGUUAGGAGUACAAGUGAGAUGAAACAAUGACAUAAUAAUGUGUUGAGCUCUAACAGCUCAAGAGGAAGUUCUAAAAAUGUCAGAAAGAAUAGAAGAAGUAAAAAUGUAACCAAAAGCUUUGAAAACUCAAGGUUGCAGUACUCAGAUGCUAUAGAGUACAAUCCUAGAUGAGAGAACCAGACUCGAGUUCAGGACACCUUCAUCAAGAUCGCUCUCUUAGGUGAAGGGAGCUAUGGAACAGUCUAUAAGGUCUUAAAAUAAGCUAAACCAGACAGAGUACGCCAUGAAGUAUGUUGAUGGAAAUUUUUUAAAAAGAAUAAACAAGAUUCACGAGGUUCAUGUUGAAAAGUAUAUCCUUAUGAGAUGAAAGCAUCUGAAUGUUGUUAAGUUCUAUCAAUCCUUCAAAACGGAUCAGUUCUACUACUUCUUGCUUGAACUAUGAGAGAAGGGUUCCCUAAACGAUUUUUUAGUCAAAAAUAGAACCUGAACUAUAGAAGUAGCCAAGUACUUCGCUGCUCAUAUUCUGAAUGGACUCGAGUAUCUUCAUAAGCAAGGAAUAGUACACAGAGAUUUGAAGCCUUCCAAUAUCUUACUUACUGAUGACUAUACUCCAAAGUUGGCUGACUUCGGUACCGCCAAGAUCACAGAUUGCAAAGAUGACAGAAUACUAAAAUUAAUUAAAGAAAGAGAGAGGCAAGAAGCGUCUAAAUAUAUGAGAGGAGAAAGCAAUGGUACUUUUGUUGGCACUCAUGAGUACAUCUCUCCUGAGGUUCUAAAUUCACAAAAAGCAGACUGACUUGUUGAUAUUUGGGGACUCGGUAUUAUAAUCUACGAGAUGAUCCAUGGCCAUACUCCCUUUAAAGGUGCUACUGAGAUGCUGACUUAUUUGAACAUUUGUGAAGGAAAAAUUAAGUUUAAAUCUGACCUUGAUGAGGAUGUUAAAAAUUUCAUACUUUGCUGCCUUAAAAUAAACCCUCAAGAGAGAAUUGGCUAUCAGAAAGACUCAGAUCUCGCUCAUUACGAAAGCAUCAAAGAGCACAAGUUCUUCGAAGGGAUCGAUUUUCUAAAUCUCGAUGCUACACAAGUGAAAGGACUGUUCUAUUUUAAGGAGAAAUUAGUUAGCAAGAGUUUUACAGGAAGAAAGCCUGAAAUUGGAUUCAGUAGAUGCCAACUCAGAAUGGGGAGAUACCCUAAGAACUCAGAUGCUUAUUCUACAAUGGAUAGUUCUACUACACCCAGAUUUGCUAUCUCCUGCAAGGAAAUAAGAGAAAUGUAUUUUACAGAAAAAGGAGAGGACUUUGAGAAGAGAAUCUCUUGGAGUGACGAAGAUAAUGUGCCUACUCUAUUUGACGAGACUCAGUUCUUAGGUAAAGAGUCAUCUUCAGUCGUCACAAAUUUAGAAGAAGAUGACGAGAUUAAGGUACAAGAAGAAGAGGAGAAGAAAAUUUGCUACUAUGAAGAACCCUACUGCAAGAGAACUCUUAAAGAUAUCAAGGAGGACCCUGAAGAGUAUCAAAACUUUGAAGGAUCCUCAAGUAUCCAUUCUGGUUGUUUUAGAAGACUUAUCUCUGAUGAUUAUACCAAGAGGGCUAGUGAUUUCACAAAAUUUUCUAAAGAGGACGAAUCAGGAACGUCUUCAAGCCAAGAGCAUAGAAACACUACAGUCGUUUUGAAAUCUUCCCAGAUCCAUAAGAAGGGUAUUUUCUUCUUCAACGAGAGAACUCUGACGCUAGAGUCUUCUAAAAAGAGAAAUUCAUUUGGAUCCUCGCUAUCAUUAUACUACAUCAGCAAGGGAACCAAGAAAGAAAUUGACCUGAAUGUGACAACUGCUGUGAGACAAGUCACUGGGGUUAAGUUCGAGAUAACCAACUAUUAUCCAACUACAAAGUAUAUUUUUAGGACUAAGACUGAGGAAGAAUGUGAAAGCUGGAUCCUGACCAUUAAGAAGGCUAUCCAGCAAUUAGUUUCCGAGUAAGACCGUUGAGAUGACUCCCCUUGCUGCUC